UUAAUGAUUACUUGUAGGCGUCGUCUCUGCAAAGUUGUUUGGCCUUGUUUAUCCUGUAGCCGUGUGGGUGCUGGCUGAGGUUGCUGCUCAUCUUAUCCGAUCGUGUAGUGCAGACAGCAAUGGGCAAGCAGGAGCUUUCAGCCAAGCGCGUGGUAAAGUUGAGUGGGCAGGACGCGGCCAAAGCGCAGAAAGUCGCCGCGUCCAAGUUGGAAAUCACGUCCGUGCGCGAUUUGAGUGCUUGUGCCGCGUUGCAGCGCCUCGACGUGUCACAGAAUGCCAUCGGAAACUUGGACGGCGUCGCUGGCUGCACAUCACUACUCUGGCUGAAUGCAUCACAGAAUGCUCUCACUGACGUUCAGUUUACAACAGACCUCACCAACCUCACUGUCCUUAACGUCAGCAAGAAUCAACUGACAACCUUGCCACGGCUGUCCCACCUGACAAAUUUGAAGGCGCUGAUCGCAAGCGACAACCAGCUGACAUCGCUGCCAAAGCUCUCCAAGCUAACACAGCUGAACACACUUGUGCUUUCUCGGAACCAGCUUGAGGAUAUUCCGCGCCUCCCGUCGUCCUUGACCAAGUUGUCUGCGCCGUCGAAUCUGCUGACCAGUAUUCCGGAUGUCCACAAAUGUGCUGACCUGAUCGAGCUGCGCCUCAACAGCAAUCGGCUGACGACCGUCAGCGAAAGCAUUCUAGAGAACAAGAGAUUGUUUGUGGUGGACAUCGGGAGGAACAAUAUCGCUUCGUUUGACGACGUGGACUGUCUUGGCCGCUUGAAGUCGCUGCGUAACUUCAGUCUCCAGGGCAACCGAGUGUGCGACUCCCCCGACUACGCAGAGAAGCUGAAGGAGCUCCUGCCGCAAGUGAGGAUUUUCGAUGGUCGAAAGCGGACAGAUCUUCCACAUCUGGUCAAGUCCGUGGGACAAGCUACGAACUCCGAGGCUGCCCGCACUGCCGACGACGCUGAAGAAGAUGGCGGUACAGGUCGCCAGCAAACACCCGCCUCCGACUCACCAACGAAGCAGGCCAGUUUGCCUACAAGCCAUGCUGACACACCGCAGGCGAGGAAGAAGAAGAAACAAGCGGACGCGUCCAACGUCACUUCGGCCCAUGGCAAGGUAGCGCGAGCAUCCGAGAGCGGUGAAGCUGCUCCUAGCGCGUCAAAGUCAAAGCAGGCUUCCUUGGCGGCUGUCGACAGCGAGUUGGCAGGGGACACCGCAGCCAUGCCUUCAACCCCGACAAAGCAAAAGAAAAGUAAGAAGCCAAAGAACCGCCCUGUUGCGGAAGAUGAGAGCUCUGAUGUGGUGAAUUCCGAGCACGCUUCACCUCUUGCUGCAUCUCCAGUCAAGCGGAAAACCGAGCAUUCGAAGCAGACACCAGUCAAGGAUGAAGUGAGCUCCAGUAAGACAAGUGCCCAGCAUACUUCACCCAACAUGGCGACUAGCGGUGAGGCAGAAGGCACCACAGAGGCCAGCAUAGCGACCCCGACAAAGCACAACAAGGACAAGAAGCUGAAACGGCAGCGCAAGGAGGACAAGGAGAGUGUUGGUACAUCUUCAGCCACAACAGCAGCAGCAGCAGCCACAGUACCAGGAGCAACAGCAGCAGCAGCCGUAGACACUGAGACCACUUUGCCUGCAGGAUCCAUUGUCAGCGCAAAGUCAAAGAAACGUAAGCAUGACUCUGCGGAAGCGACGGCUGACGAGCCAACGGAAAUGUCCGCACAGGCUAUGGCCGCCGUAAACCAUUGCAAGAAGGCCAAAUCACCUGCCGACAAAGCACUGCAAUCUACUCCGUCCGCUGCUAAAACGCCUUGCCCUGGAGAAACUAGCAGCCCCAAGAAACGCUCCAGAGUCAGUCAAGCUGCGGAGCUGGUCGCCUCACCGGCCAAGAAACACACAGCUACUUCUUCGCAGUCUGUUCUUGAGGAGCCGGAAGCUGUGCCAACCGGCAAGCAAAAGAAGCGUAAGCGACCCGAUAGUGAUUCCGUCGAGUCGACACCUUUGGUCGGUGAUGCCGGCAGCAAGAACAGUCCCAAGAAGAAGAGAAAAGCAAGCGAGUCUGUCGAGUCAACGCCUCUCGUCAGUACUGCUGGCAGCCACGAGAGUCCCAAGAAGAAGAGAAAAGCAUCGCUGUCUACUUCCCUACCGGACAUCGCCAGCACACCGUCCAGGGACGGAGGUGACUCCAGCGGUGGCGAACUGGACCUGUCGGAUCUUCUCGCUGACGGUCAUGCCACGUCUUCUGCCGCCGCGCCGGUCAACCCAUCCGCCAGCGCUUUGUCGUCGACGGAACGUCUCCAUAGGGAACGUCUUGACAGGGAAGAGGAAAAGGCCGUGUCGGUAACAAAGCAUCCUCACUCCGGUGUCAAAGCUAUGAAGAUGGCCAUGGAUAAAGGAGCAGUGGCGCGUGGUAGGAAAUCUGCGACCAAGUCGAUACCGCCCAAGGCCCCGGGGACGGAAUUCGAUCCAACUAGCCUGCAUGCCGAAAGCGACUUUGGUCUUGGAGAUGCAUCAUCGUGGUAGUUAGAUCAUGUCACUGCAGCCUGAAAGGUAUGAUGUCAUCCUAUGGACAGAUGAUGGUGUCAUCAAUGACUCAUCAUGAUGUACAGAUGAUGUCAUUGUGACCUUUAUUUUCUCGUAUUCUCACUUGAAUGUCUGUCUAUGACUAUGAUACAUGUACUUGGGCGUACAUAUGAAAGAGGCACAGCUUGUUGUGCAAGUUGAUGCUCUGAAGCUAUUUCUGCUAGCAUGUUAUGUUCUCCUUUUGCCUGU